ACAAACGGUCAUACUGUGAAAGAAGAAGCUGAAAACAAAGAAAAUUUGGGAAAAGUAUUUGAAAAAAUUCUAUUUAAAUUCGAUUUAAGGCGAUUUAGUGAACUAAAAUCAUGACGGAAGACUGGCAGAGUCAGAAGUUUCGCCAGAAUGUCAUUUCCAAAAUACACGACUUGUUGCCGCCGCAUGCCCAGGAUCAGACGAAGAAUGCCAGCGUUAUGGAGAACCACAUCUUUCGCAAGUCACGCAGCAAGGACGAGUACUUGGGGCUGGUGGCCAAGCUUUUCAUGCACUACAAGGAUAUGUCGCGCAAGUCCCAACAGCAACAACAACAACAGCAGCAGCAACAGCAGCCGCCGCCUCCGAACGCGGAAAUGGGCCAACAGAAUAUGAUGCAGGAUCCGCUGAAUGCGCUACAGAAUCUGGCCAGUCAGGGCAAUCGCAAUCCCCAGAUGAUGCCUAUGGCCGGUGGCGCUCCUGUUCCUGGCGGCCCUGGCACUGCCUCGAAUCUGCUGCAGUCCCUCAACCAACAGCGUCCCGGCCAGCAAAUGCAGCCCAUGCCCAAUAUACGCGGCCAGAUGCCCAUGGGCGUGGGUGCGGGUGCAGGCGGACCACAGCAGAUGAUGCAGGUGCAGCAAAUGGGCGGCGGCGGUGGCAAUGCGCCCGGCGUGAUGAACGUAAUGGGUGCAGGCGGUGCCCAGGGGCAGGGCCAGAUUGGUGGCAAUGCCGGCCAGCAGAUGGGUGGCAUGCCCAAUCAAAUGGUAGGUCCGGGGCCGAACAGUGGCCCCGCAGGCGGUGCAGGAGGGGCAAAUGCUCCUCCUGGUGCCGGUGCUGGGCCUGUGCCCAACCAAAUGCAGAGUGGAGGCCCGAUGAAUGUGAAUGCCAUGCAACAGAUGCCGCCAAUGCAGCAGAUCCAACAAAAUCAAAUGGCUAUGGGCAUGAGUCCCAUGAUGCGCAUGAACCAAGGCAACGGCAUGGGUGGACCCCAAGGCAUGGGUCAGGGCAUGCAGGGAAUGCCGCCAAAUAUGCAGCAGCCGCAGCAUAAUGUCGGCGUGGGCGGACCGGCGGGACAGCAGCAGCAGCAGGUGGUGCCACCCAAUGCCGUGCAGCAGGGCGGCAUGAAUCCCAUGGGUGGCAUUGGUGUCAAUAUGCCACCGAAUAUUCAACAAAAACCCAACAUGGCUAUGGGCCAGGCGGGACAAAUGUUCCCAGGAAAUCGCGGUGGCGUCGUUGGCGGCCAGCAGCCGGGACAGCCUUUUAUGCGUUCGAGUCCCUCACCAGCGGAUGCCCAACAGUUGCAGCAACAGCAGCAGGCGCAGCUGCAACAAAUGCAACAGCAGCAACAACAACAGCAGCAGCAACAACAACAACAGCUCGUGGUGGGCAACCAAACGCCGACACAGCAGCCACCAACGCCACAAAUGCCCACGCCACAGAUGAUACCCAGUCCGGCACUGGUGCCGCAGUCCAGUCCCCAAAUGAUGAUGCAGAAUCCACAGCGCAACAUACGCCAGCAGUCGCCGAGUAAUGCCUCCAUCAACACACCCGGCCAGGUGACGGGCAACAGUCCAUUCAAUCCGCAGGAGGAGGCGCUGUACAGGGAGAAGUACAAGCAGCUGACCAAAUACAUUGAGCCACUGAAGCGCAUGCUCGCCAAGAUCAGCAACGAUGGAACGAAUGUGGAAAAGAUGACCAAAAUGAGCAAGCUGCUGGAGAUUCUGUGCAAUCCCACGCAGCGUGUGCCACUGGAGACGCUGCUCAAGUGCGAGAAGGCGCUGGAGCGCAUGGAUUUGAUCUCCAUUUCGGGCCAGCAGUUUGGCAAAUCCUCAAAUCCCCUGCUGGAGGUCAUCAAUACCACGCUGCAGAGUCCCAUAGCCAAUCACACAUUGCAUCGCACAUUCCGACCCACACUGGAGCUGCUCUUCGGCACGGAUAUCGUGGCUCCAGUGCCCGCCAAGAAGCCGCGCAUUGAGGAGAAGUCUUCGCCCUUUGAGCAGGAUGUGCCCCAUGUGCUGCAGGGCGAGAUUGCACGCCUUGACACCAAGUUCAAGGUGAAGCUGGACACCACAGCGCAGAUCAACAAUAAAUCCAUUCGUUUGAUUUGCUGCCUGGACGACAAGCGACUGCCCAGUGUGCCGCCAGUGAACGUCAGCGUGCCGGAGGAGUAUCCGUGGCAGGCGCCCGACUGCUCCCUCACCGAACAGGAGUACUCCGCCACGCCCUUCCUGCAGACCGUUCAGCAGGCUCUCAUUGCACGCAUCUCCAAGCUACCGAAAAACUACUCGCUCUCACAUCUACUCGACACCUGGGAAAUGGCCGUGCGGCAGGCCUGCUCGCCCCAGGCCAAACCCAAAGUCUGCGAAUUUACCGCACUUUUCGGGGUUUAAGUGGAGAAUCUGAGAUGCGAAUGUACUUGGUCUUAAGGGAAUAUUUAUUUUAAAGUUCAGAUUGAUUCAUUGGGAUUUUAAUUUAAUUUAUUUGAGCUAAAACAGCCCAGAAAAUUAUUUG